AUGCGCUGGUCACAAUCAGAUGCCGGCGUGCUCCUUACGCUACUCCUCGCAGCUCCACUCCCUGCCGCCGCGAUGCUACGAUGCGACCACGUCCAAGCCGGUGGAAAGAAGUUCGACUUCAGCAAGCUAGGCGGCCCGCAUUCCGUCGUCACGAGCCAACACAAGCCUCCGAUUUAUCUGAAUACAACGUACACAGUGGACCUCUGCAGGCCGCUCAAGAAGGCCAAGGAUGCGCCGAAGCGCGAGACCUGUCCUAACGGCACGAGAGUCUGCGCAAUACAACGCGACAUCGAUCCCGAGAAGGAAGGCAAGGACGCCGAGACGGUCAGCGGCGUGAUACCCAUCGCCGGUGAGCUCGCAGACCUCGGCGGCAAGCCUCUCGACUACAAAGCCACGCGGCUCAAGACCUCCGACUCAACGGCCGACGCCAAGAAAAUAGGGGUGCGGCUGCUGCUCCAGGGCGGAGCAUACCCGCUCGAGGACAAGCCCAGCGAGAGGCGGGAGCAGCGCGCCAUCAUUGAGCUCUUAUGCUCCGACAAGACCGGUCUGGAGGACGAAUGGACGCCCGAGGACAAGUAUGAGGUUGGGGACAGCUCGGCGCCGUGGCUUGGCCGUCGGGAGGAUGAGAAGGAGGAUGAUCCGGAGACGCCGCAUAGCGGAGAGCACCAGCUGCUCAAAUCUAAGGAUGCUCCCCUGAUUUUCGAGAGCUACGGACCGCUGUCAGAUGACAAGAACAUCGAUGUUCUACGGCUCACAUGGCACACAAAGUAUGCCUGUGAAGAGCAGGCUCAGGACGACGAGGAGCCGAAUGAAGAGAGCAAACACUGGGGUUUCUUCACAUGGCUUGUUAUUCUUGUCUUCCUUGCGACUGCUACAUAUCUUAUCUUCGGAUCUUGGCUCAACUACAACCGCUACGGCGCAAGAGGAUGGGACUUGCUUCCUCACGGUGACACGAUCCGGGAUGUGCCGUACCUGCUCAAGGACUGGACACGCAGAGUGCUCAAUACUGUGCAAGGCAGCGGCAGCAGAGGAGGUUAUUCUGCUGUCUAA